CUCCAAACCAAAACCCCCCCAAAUUGUUCAUCGCUUUCUAGAACUCUCUACGUCUUCCCCUUAAACCUCUCGUAAGGGUUUAAUUUCAUUUUGGAAUUCGCCUCUUCUACCAACUCUUAUCUUUUCACAGCGCUUCAUGGCUCCAGUUUUCAGCAGAAGCUUAUCCACUGUUGCUCUUUCUUCACUUCCUUCCUCUUUUUCUUACCCUCUACCUACCAGUGGUACGCGCUUGAGCUUGGGAAGCGCUUUUCUGCCCCGAAAUGGGCUCAGAAACGGGUUUUCUUGUGGUGGGUUGAAGUGGAAGAUUGAGAAGAAGGUCAAUCGGAUUGCGGUCAGGUGCGAGGCGGCCGUCGCCGAGAAAGAAGCGGCUGAGACUCCCGGUGAGAAGUUUGAGUACCAAGCUGAGGUUAGUCGCCUCCUGGAUUUGAUUGUUCACAGUCUAUACAGCCACAAGGAGGUGUUUCUUCGAGAGCUAGUGAGUAACGCGAGUGAUGCUUUAGACAAGCUAAGAUUUUUGAGCGUGACUGAACCCUCUCUGCUUGGAGAAGCUGGUGACCUUGAAAUUCGUAUCAAACCUGAUGCCGACAGUGGUACUAUCACCAUAACAGAUACUGGUAUUGGAAUGACUAAAGAAGAGCUCAUUGACUGUCUCGGAACUAUAGCUCAGAGUGGCACUUCAAGAUUCUUGAAGGCCCUGAAGGAAAACAAGGAUGCUGGAGCAGACAAUAGCUUGAUUGGUCAAUUUGGUGUUGGAUUUUAUUCGGCCUUUCUUGUCGCUGAAAAGGUUGUUGUAUCCACCAAGAGCCCAAAAUCGGAUAAACAAUAUGUUUGGGAAGCAGUGGCUGAUAGUAGUUCAUAUGUUAUUAGGGAAGAAACAGAUCCUGAAAAGCUUUUACCGCGAGGAACACAGAUCACACUCUACUUAAGGGAAGAUGACAAGUAUGAAUUCUCUGAUCCAACCAGAAUUCAAGGUUUGGUAAAAAAUUAUUCACAGUUCGUUUCCUUCCCUAUCUUCACAUGGCAAGAGAAGUCAAAAACUGUGGAGGUGGAAGAAGAAGAAGAACUCAAAGAAGGAGAAGAACCAAAACCAGAUGGCACGAAGAAAAAGAAGACAGUAACCGAGAAGUAUUGGGACUGGGAAUUGGCUAAUGAAACAAAGCCAAUCUGGAUGCGGAAUGCUAAAGAGGUUGAGAAGGAUGAGUACAAUGAAUUCUAUAAGAAGACAUUUAAUGAAUUUUUAGAGCCACUCGCAUAUUCUCACUUCACCACUGAGGGCGAAGUGGAGUUCAGGAGUGUUCUUUAUAUUCCUGGAAUGGCACCUAUGAAUAAUGAGGAUGUUGUGAAUCCUAAAACAAAAAAUAUUCGUCUGUAUGUUAAGCGUGUCUUCAUCUCUGAUGAUUUUGAUGGUGAGCUGUUUCCACGAUAUUUGAGCUUUGUGAAAGGUGUGGUAGAUUCCGAUGACCUCCCCCUAAAUGUUUCUCGAGAAAUUCUUCAAGAAAGCCGAAUCGUGAGAAUUAUGAGGAAGAGACUUGUCAGAAAAACAUUUGACAUGAUUCAAGACAUCUCUGAAAGUGAAAAUAAAGAGGAUUACAAGAAAUUCUGGGAGAAUUUUGGCCGGUUCUUAAAAUUAGGAUGCAUUGAGGACACUGGAAAUCACAAGCGUAUAACACCAUUAUUGCGGUUUUACACCUCCAAAAGUGAAGAGGAGCUGAAGAGCUUAGAUGAUUAUGUCGAGAACAUGGGCGAGAAUCAGAAGGCAAUUUACUAUUUGGCGACUGACAGCCUAAAGAGUGCCAAGAGUGCUCCAUUCUUGGAGAAAUUGCUUCAAAAAGAUAUUGAGGUUCUUUACUUGAUUGAACCCAUCGAUGAAGUUGCAAUCCAGAACUUGCAGACAUACAAAGAGAAGAAAUUUGUUGAUAUUAGCAAGGAAGAUUUAGAGCUGGGCGACGAGGAUGAAGUCCAAGAAAGAGAAACUAAGCAAGAUUACAACCUCCUCUGUGACUGGAUGAAGCAACAACUAGGUGACAAGGUAGCAAAAGUCCAAGUCUCUAAGCGCUUAAGCUCUUCUCCGUGUGUCCUAGUUUCUGGCAAGUUUGGAUGGUCUGCAAAUAUGGAAAGGUUAAUGAAGGCACAGGCUCUCGGAGAUACUUCGAGUUUGGAGUUUAUGAGGGGACGGAGAAUUUUGGAGAUUAAUCCAGAUCAUCCGAUCGUCAAGGAUCUAAAUGCCGCUUGCAAAAAUUCACCGGAUAGCAGUGAUGCUACUAGAGCCGUUGAUCUUUUAUACGAGACAGCAUUGAUAUCCAGUGGAUUCUCUCCUGAUAGUCCAGCUGAACUAGGAAACAAGAUAUAUGAGAUGAUGGCAAUGGCUCUUGGAGGCAGAUGGGGUAGAUUAGAGGACAACGUCGAAGAUGCUGCUUCUGCUGCUGCUGCUGAAUCCGAAAGUACCGAGGCACCGGAAGUGCAAGUGAUCGAGCCCUCGGAAGUGAGGGCAGAGGAUGAUCCAUGGCAGGAUUAGGAUGAAAUUAACCUUGGCUAGAUGUUAGAAGCCAGCCUUUUGACACUGCUGUGAAAGAAACAAGAUAUUGGUGGUGUUUGGCAGAUCAUUCAACAAGUUUUGAUUCAUAAAUGCAUCGAUUUCGAUGAUUAAAUCUCGAUCCAGUGGGUAUAAAAAUGCAAAAAGGUACACAAUUCUUGA